CUGGGAGAGAAUGUCCAGCCACAUGGUGUGCGUUCCACUGAGUGGGUGAAGUGAUCAGCUGGUGCAGGUCAGGGCUGGCAAGAACAUGGCGAAGAGAGCAAGUCUUACAGCUUUAGAAAAUACUGAAAAUACAGCCCCUCUUCCCAAGUUACCACGGCCGCAGGAUGAUUCACCCAAAUCCCCUCUAAAUUUCUCGAGCCCUGCAAGCCUCUUUGAAAGUUUAAUCUCCCCGAUGAAACCCGACGAAUUCUUCAGUGAAUACUGGGAAAAGAAACCAUUGCUGAUUCAGCGAGAUGAGCCGGCCACCUCCGAUUUCUACUCUUCUCUGUUCAAACUGUCAGACUUGAAGAGAGUCGCAGGCAAAAAGGUGUAUUAUGGAAAAGACGUGAACUUGUGUAAGUGCCGAAAUGGCAAGAAAGUGGUUUUACCCAGACACGGCAGAGCUAGCUAUCCCCAUCUUUUAAAAGACUUUGGCAGUGGAAAAGCAACAAUCCAGUUUCACCAGCCACAGAGAUUUAAUGAUGACUUGUGGCACAUUAUGGAAAAGCUGGAGAGUUUUUUUGGUACGCUAGUAGGGAGUAAUGUGUAUAUCACACCUCCUGACUCCCAGGGCCUUCCUGCGCACUAUGAUGAUGUUGAGGUUUUUAUUCUUCAGCUAGAGGGAGAGAAACGUUGGAAGCUCUACAAUCCCACAGUACCGCUAGCGAGAGAGUACGCUGUAGAGUCAGAAGACAGAAUUGGCACACCGACUCAUGAGUUCACGUUAAAGCCGGGGGAUUUUCUCUAUUUCCCCAGAGGAGUCAUUCAUCAUGCUAACACCCCUGCUGGCUCAUCACAUUCCACUCAUGUGACCAUCAGCACCUACCAGAACAACUCGUGGGCUGACUACUUUCAAGAUGUUUUUCCUGGGAUUCUGUUUGAUUCGGCAAAUGACAACAUUGAACUGCGAAGAGGCAUUCCAAGGCGUCUUUUAAUGCAGGCUGAUGCUUCCAGUGUUGUAGAUCAUCUACGUACAAUUCUCUUGAACUUGGCCAGUAGACUAGAAACCAACAAGGACAUAAGAUCUUGCGGAAUGAUCCGAGAUUUCAUGGCCAGUAGACUACCUCCGUUCGUGAACUCCUCCAUGUCUCCUGUAAGGAAUGGAAAUGAAACUACCGGAAAACCAGUUGAAUCUCCCCCAAAGCUUGACAGUAUAAUCAAACUGCAUUACCAAGAUCAUACAGCCAUCACCGUAGACCAUGUUCCAAACAUUUCUGAUAGUGCCACUGAAUUAAUGGUUUAUGUGUAUCACUCCUUGAAGAAUGAGCGAGAAACUCACAUGAUGGGAGUGAGUGAUGACUCUCGUUCUGUUGCUGGCCUGCGUUUUCCUCUCUCUCACAGGAAUGCUUUAACCCUAAUCUGGGAGACCAAUCCUGUAUGCGUUAAAGACCUGCCUCUGGAAAAUGACAGUGACAAAGUAAAUCUGGCCGUGUCUCUUUGGGCUGAAGGUUUACUAAUGGUCUUUCUACCUGAGGCCUAGACCCCCUUUCACCCACUAGCCUUAGCAGCUGUUUUUAAUAAACAGAAAAAAAAAAA